GCAUGUUUUUCUUUCCUCUCGGUCCCACAUUUCUGUCUGGCUAUUUCGUCAUAUUUUUACACCUAGCGAAAGCGUAGCUGAAUCACGCUUUUUCACGCGUGCGAACUAUCUUUAGGAAUCGUGUUCAACAAAAGUGUAGCAAGUUAAGCCGACACAAACAGAAUGUCUUCACCGUGGGCCAAAAUUCAACCCGUAGCGGAGGUAGAUCUGCAGGAGAUCAUGUCAGAGGAGUUUGCCCGUGAGCUACUAGCCAAGGAAAGUCCCCCGACAAAUGAAGUGAAAACACCGAAACCACCGCCAGCUGUAACGCAGUCGGAACCAGGUCCGUCAUCUUCGUCCUCAUCGUCGUCAUCGUCGUCGUCGUCGAAGAAAGUGCCCGUCCCUGUGGUGGACACGUUUGAAGAACCGGUGGCCGGUUGUUCGCGUGCGCUCGAUCCAGGGAAACAGUCGGUAGACAUUCCGGAAGAUGUGCUGCGGGCGAUUGAGGAAGCGGACCAACAGGAGCACGAUUCCGAUGCGAUCAUAGCGCAAAUGCUGCAGGCACAGUUCGAUGCCGAGUACGAUGAGCAAAUCAAGCGCGAGGAAAAUCACCGGAACAAGGACUCCAAGGUGAAGGUGUCGUACAAAAACUAUCGCGUGAUUCCGGAGGAGCUGCUGUACGAGGAACCGGUCGAGAUACCGGUCGACCAGAAGGCGGACUGGGAUCGGUUUGAGACGAACGAGAAGGAGCAAAAGCUUUUGCCGCGUGCUGGAUUCCGGCUGAACGAGCAGGGAGAAAUGCUGACGAAGCAUAACCUCGAUAUUAGUGGCCGGAGCAACGCGUGCAAGGUAAUGUCCUUUCCGCCAGAGUUUUCGACCGGCGAUGCGGCCGGUUUCGACAUGAAGCUAUCGAACAAGGUGUUCAACCAGCUAAAGACACACUCGAAGAAGGCAACGAAAAUGAAGCACAAGGCACAGGACAGGAAGGAAAACGUGGCCACCGCCGAGAUGGGUCUGGACGAGCCGACCCGCUUGAUACUGUACAAGUGGAUCAACAAUCAGCUGCUGGAAUCGAUCGAUGGUGUAAUAUCGACCGGCAAGGAAGCGAUCAUCUUGCACGCCGAAACGGACCCGUACAAUCCGAACCUCAAGGAGGACGAACCCAGCCCACCGAAGGAAGUAGCGAUCAAGGUGUUCAGCACGACGCUGAACGAGUUUAAGCAGCGCGAUCGAUACAUUAAGGAUGAUUUCCGGUUUGCGGGUCGAUUUUCCAAACAGAACGCACGCACCGUCAUUAACAUGUGGGCCGAGAAGGAGCUGCGGAACUUGAACCGGAUCCAGCGCGUUGGCAUCCAGUGUCCGAAGGUGGUGGCGCUCAAGAAGAAUGUGCUGGUGAUGGAGUUUAUAGGGGAGAACAUGAUACCGGCGCCGAAGCUGAAGGAAGCGAUACUGUCAGAUUCGCAGCUGAGCCGGGCCUAUCUAGAGGUGGUAGAGAUAAUGCAUAAGCUGUACAAGGAGGCACACCUGGUGCACGCGGAUCUGUCCGAGUACAACAUUCUCAUGCACGACAAUCACUGCUGGAUCAUCGAUGUGGCGCAAUCCGUCGAACCGGGCCACCCGGGGGCGUUAGAAUUCCUGAUGCGGGAUUGCGAUAACAUUUGCACCUUCUUCUCGAAACGCGGCGUCGGUGACGUGCAGAGCAAGGAAGAGCUGUUCUUUGACAUUACUGGAUUGGAUCCGAUAUCGCACAAUGCUGCCAUUUUGGAGCGGAUACACAUGAAGGGCGAACCAGCCCACAUUGCGACCACGGUGGAUGACGAUAUGCCGGAACAGUUUAAACCGUUGCAAUACCCGUUCGAGUUCGCCUGGUCUGUGGCGGGGCCGGGUAAGAAGCAAAGCACAUCCAAAGCCGUUCCGACCGCAUGUGUGGUGGGCUCUUCUGACGAUGAAGUAACGGUAAAGGAGGAGGUACUUAGUGUCGCUUAAAAGAGUCCGUGAUUAGUAUGGGAAUAGGUCAAAUCUGAAAUGAAUUCGGUUUCGAACAUCCUAAUGAUUUUCUCAUUUAUUUUUGCUACUGAAGAAUUGCUCUGCAUUGAAUGAAAAUACUGGAUUUAAUUAUGAACAAAUUACGCUGCUUUACAUAACUUCUGUUUACCAAAACAACCGGUUUGACCAUGAUUGGGUUGGAAUUGAAAUAAAUACCGUUCGGCGACGAAA